GUUUUGAUUACGAUUAGACAUUCGAAAUGAUAGUUGAUAGUUUAAAUUAAUGUUUUUGUUAAUGAAACUUUAGAGGCCGUCUAUGAUCGCCCCCAGUCCAAUGACGUGAGCGACAGCAGCGCUAUCACGGCCGACAGUAGGAACUAAUAACAGUAGACAAAAAUCGCUCGGCAGAUUCGUAAGGUCGGCCGAGUUUUCACGCGAUUUUCACGAAAAUGGCCUGCAAUAUAAAGCCGAUGCACAAAAGCAAACAUUUCCCGAUAGACCAGCUCGUGUGUGUCGGUAAUUAUGAGCUGGAGAAAACGAUCGGCACAGGAAAUUUCGCUAUUGUAAAACUGGCUACACAUGUUAUUACUAGGAGUAAGGUCGCAAUAAAAAUAAUAGACAAAUCGCGUCUAGACGAGGACAAUCUCAGGAAAACAUUUCGGGAAAUUGCCAUUAUGAAGAGACUGAGACAUCCGCACAUAGUUAGGUUAUAUCAGGUUAUGGAAAGCAGUCACACAAUAUAUUUAGUUACAGAAUACGCGCCAAAUGGUGAAAUAUUUGAUCACCUAGUCUCCCGCGGCCGAAUGCCGGAAUCGGAAGCGGCACACGCCUUCGCGCAAAUGGUGGCAGCGGUGGGAUACUGCCACGCGAACGGCGUCGUGCACAGGGAUCUCAAGGCGGAGAACCUGCUGCUCGACAGCAAUAUGAAUAUUAAGCUGGCAGACUUCGGGUUUAGCAACGAGUACAGCGCGGGCUCGCCGCUGGCGACGUGGUGCGGCAGCCCGCCGUACGCCGCGCCGGAGCUGUUCGAGGGCCGCCAGUACGACGGGCCCCGCGCCGACAUCUGGUCGCUGGGCGUGGUGCUGUACGUGCUGGUGUGCGGCGCGCUGCCGUUCGACGGCGGCACGCUGCACGAGCUGCGCAGCGUCGUGCUGGCCGGCAAGUUCCGCAUCCCCUACUUCAUGUCGCAAGAGUGCGAGCACCUGAUCCGGCACAUGCUGGUGGUGGAGCCGGAGCGGCGGCUGUCGCUGCGCGCCGUCGCGCGACAUCGCUGGCUGCUGGCGCGCGCGCCGCUGCCGCAUCCGCACUCGGAUAUAUCCGAAGGCGCAUGCGCGUGUCACUCUACUACAGGGAGCGAGGACACCGGUCACCGCGACACCGUGGUCGCGCAGAUGCUGACGCUGCAGCUGUCGCACCGGGAAAUAAUGCAGUCGGUGCAAGAAGAGCGCUUCGACCACAUCUCCGCGAUCUACCAUCUGCUCAUGGACAAGCUGCGGCUGAGGACCAGCUCCACUCGCAGAGAUUCGUUAGAUGCGACCACCGGACAACCAUUAGAUCUCACUAGUUGUAAGAUGGAGGAGGAGCCUCAGCCGCCGGCGCUGGUGUCGCGGCCGCUACGCGACCUCGCGCACCGCGCCGACAGCCUCGAGAAGUUCGGCGAGGGCAUGUCGGUGUCGGAGCUGGCGCCCGCGACUGCGCCCGCGCCGGCCGCGCGGCGCCACACUGUGGGUCCGGGCGACUGCCGCCGCGCGCAGGGCGGGGAGCUGGGCGUGUGCGCGUCCGCAGAUCUGCGCGCCGCGCCGCUCGGUGUGGCCGCCGCCUUUGCUCAGCAGCCUGCGCAGGCGCAGACGCAGCUGGUGUCGCUGCUGCCCAACACGGACCUGGCGGGCAAGCUGCCGGCCGUGCAGCACCAGCCGCCGCGCUACUUCAGCGUCAAGGACCAGCAUCUGCUGAAGCCGCCGCACGCCAUGCAGACUCAGGCGUCGUCAUUCGGCCGCCGCGCGUCGGACGGCGGCGCCAGCGCGCGCCGCGACCGCUCCUGCUGCAGAUCUGCGCCCGCGCAUCAUGUGUCAGACAGCGGAACACCUCAACGCGUGGACUGCGAACAAAAUGAAGAACAAAAUACUGAUUAUAAUACCAAUUUAUGCAGAUACAUGAUGACGCGCGGCAGCAGCAAGCGACACACCAUGGCGACGCCCGAGGACGCGGCCAACGUGGCCACCUCCUGCAGCACCUCCAACAUGUCGAGUACAUCGCCGUCGUCCACCGCCAGCCUGCGCGUGCGCCGCACGGGGCUGCUCACCGUCACGGAGCGCCCGCCAGUAAUAAGUCCAGAGCUAGUAAUGGAGGUCGAGGCGCGAAUGAAGAGAAACUACCUCCCGCCGUCGAUACAGGGGCAGUACGGCCCGCCUAGUCCCGGUUCGUCCCAAAACGUCCCACAAAGUCCCACACAAGGCUCCAUCACCGCUGGCACUCCAAAUUAUAACCAAAACCAGAAAAAUAUGAAGCCAGUUUUGGAAACGAUACCUCAAGGAAGCAUAAUGGGGGGGACAAAAGGGUCUAUCACUUCUGGCACCCCUGUGACCACGCAAACACCCGCUUUGGGACAAUUCUCGUCAAACCAAGGGGCACAAGGGUCGAUAACGUCCGGAACUCCUGUGGGACAGAACCAAAGUUUCGGACAAGGCCAAAACCAAAAUAUCUCACUCACACAAGGAUCCAUAUUGUCCGGAACACCUGUGUCUGGAUUCGGGACACAGAGCCAAUUUGUGACAGACAAUUCAUUUCAAAAUCAAGGUCCUGUAAUUCCCGGCGCGCCCAUGAGUCAGAGUUUCGGGAAUCAGGGGUCGAUCGUGACCGGUACAGCGAUGAAUGUUUUUGUAAGUCAAAAUCAGUUUGGACAAAACUUUGGCGCGAAUUUGGGACAAAAUCAAGGAUCAAUCGUGAGCGGCACUCCGUGCGGAUUCGGGACGCAAAACCAAUUCGUGCAACAAAACCAAGGGUCUAUAAUGUCUGGGACACCAAUGAACACAAGUAAUUUCGGCACACAAAAUCAACAAAUGACCGCGAACACAAAUUUCGGCACACAGAAUCAAAACUUCGGUGCACAAACUUCAGGGAUUCAAAAUCAAGGUUCGAUCAUGAGCGGCACACCCAUGAGUUUUGGGACUCAAAACCAAAGUUUAAACCCAUCUGGGACGCAGAAUCAAGGCUCCAUAAUUAGUGGAACACCUAUGAAUACUGACACCAGUUUUGGUACUCAAAACCAAACGCAAGCUGGCUCCAUCAUAAGUGGUACGCCGAUUGGGACGAACACAAAUUUUGGGACAAACCAACAAAACCAAGGCUCAAUCAUGACUGGGACCCCCAUGAAUUCAAACAACUUCGGGACACAGCCACAUAGUAACCAAACGUUUGGGAUAAACAAUCAAGUUUCGAGUCAGAGUUACGAUAGCAGUUUUGGGACGAAUUAUGGAAGUAGUUUUGGAAGCAACUAUGGUUCCGCGACCGGGUCUCCGGUCCCGGGCGGGUCCGGGACCGGCUACAACCAGAACCAGUACAAUACGAGGCAAAGAAAGUAUUCAGGUCCGCAGCGCGUCAAGCUACAAAUGCUGGCGACUGUACAGGAAAUGGCUCGUGAGCACGCGGAGCGCUACUCCCCGGUGCGGAGGGCGGAGUGUGAGCCUCCGCGCGCGGCGCACGAUAUCGCCUCCGCGCGGCUCGAGUACCAGCAGCUGCAGCGCGGCCUGGAGCGACGCAGCGCGCGCGCGUCGCCGCCGCCCGAGGCGAGGCUGCACACGCCGCACGCCAGCGUGCCUGGGUCGCCGACGCGCGGCUGCGGCGCGGCGUCGCUGGAGCUGGGCGCGCUGUCGGCGGAGGCGGCGCGCGCGGUGCUGGCGCGCGCGGCGCUCACGCUGUCCGACGUCGCGGCGCUCGACCUCGCCAACACCAGGGUGCUCACGCAGGAUGUGGCACUGAAGAUGGGCAUCAACCUCCACACACUACUAUCCCCGCACGUCAACAUCUCCCAAGAGAUCCUCAAAGCGAUAUCCUUCGGGAACUACUCCCUGCUUUCUGGUCACACCUCCCCCGCCAGCCCCGGCUCGCCAUUACACCAAAUAACUGAAGGACUGAGCUAUCUUCACACAGGGUCGAUAACCAGAGGCACCCCUCAAGCCAAUGCCACCCCUUUAGACCUACGAAGCAACGUCGAAAUGGAGACCCAAUACCCUCAACUACUAAUCCACCCUCAGAUACACAUGGUGACGCAUCGGUCUCUGAAUAACUCUCCUAUUUCAAACCCUGGGUCCCCCUUAGACAUGAUCCAGGAAGAAAUCAGCAACGGGUCAUUCCACGAACGACAGUUUCAGAAUUAUGUAACAACGCACCCUCAAAUCAGUUUAACAGACUGUCUCGGAUCAGAAAUUACUUUAGUAGCCUCAUCGUCCGAAGAUAGCAUGGAUAGUCUCGAAAACAAUAUGAAAUAUUCUCUACCUCAAUUCGUUAUAUCUGAACCGUCAGACUUAGAUGAUAGGCCGUCGAUAACUAAAGGCAUUGGGAGGAAAGUCAGUCAAGAAACCGAGCCGCUACCUCAGACAGAACCAAAGGCCGAGGAUUCCGAAAUGCAGUCUCCGAAAGAUGACGAAUCGAAGUUUCUGACGGAAGAUUCCAAAUCGAGACGAGGCAGCGAUAAAAGUCUGGGUUUCAGCGACGACUCGCUGAGUAACGAUUCGGCUAACGUGUCGCCGAACUGCGAGCACAAUGUGCAAUCGAUUUAUUCCAACAUUGUGUCCAUUAGCUCGGGUUUCAGCGAGAAUCGCGGCAGCUUUUCCGAACAUCGGGAGUCGUUUUCGUUUUCUGACAGAGGCAGCUUCUCCGAACGGGGUGAUUUUGGUCGAUCAUCGUUUUCGGAGAAGAGCGAUUUCGGCAGGGGGAGCUUUUCUGAGAAAGGGGAGACCCCAAGGUCCUCUAUUUCCGCUCAAGGGACCUUGGGCGAAGUUAGGGAGUACGGGGAGGACGUCUACAUGCCCAGAGACUCCAGCAGACAUUGUCUAGAAAAGUGCGACGAGGUUGAAAACGAAGAUAUAGAUAAACUCCAAAGAUCCACAAUGGAUUUGAGGUUGACAGAAAUCUGUAGGCCGGAAGAGAAAAUCCCUAUACUGUUGAGUCCCCAAAAAGUAUCUUGUGUACAGGAAUAUUACGAAGUGACGUUAUCUACGGUCUGUUCCAAGUUAGACUCCCAAAGAAUCGUUGAAUUGCUCAAGGACGCGAUCAACAGCAAGGUGCCUCCUCAGAAUAUAUUUGUAGAAACACAUCAAAAAGAAAGUGAUGACACAGAAGCAUUGACUGGGUUUUUGAAUCUGGAAUAUUCCGGUGGGAUCCAGAUUGAAUUGGUUGUGUGUGAGAAUAAGCUGAAGGAGAAAAAGGGGUUGAAAAUGAGGAGGAUUUCAGGGGAUCAGAGGGAGUAUGGGAAGUUAUGCCAGCAAUUGAUUACAAGCUUGACUGUGUGAAGUCCGCUAUUGCGCUACGGAGACAAUAUGUAGAGACGAUUUUUGAAAAUUUUAACAUUUGCCAAUGAUAAAAACCAUAGAAGUUCUUCUUACGCUCGGUAUGUAUAUAGAAAGUUCUUGGGUGAAAUUUAAAAAUAUUCUAAUUUUAGAAAGGCAUUUUUAAAGAAUUUCAAGGUCGCAUCGCAUCAAUGACAGAACGAAAUAAAAGUUCAAAUAGUCAAGUUCACUCGAUAGCCAGUGCCACGAAAGAAGUCGCCGGACAGUCGAUGACAACUACAACGUGGCCUAUCUAUCAUUGAUAGUUCCACAUAUAGCGUAAAACUUCAUUCGUGGCGCGGACUCUUUCUUCGAGGUUAAUCCUAAUUUUGUAAAGUCCGUUGUUUCCUAAGAGUUCUAACAUGUAAACAUUCUUCUGAAAAUAAAUCAAAUAUUAGUUCAAACAUACAAAUUUUAGAGUCCACGUAAGAAGUGCUGCAGACGUGGCGCUACUGUCGCUGCAAACAGCACUGUGGCCUAUCUGUUAAUGAUAGUUCCUCAUAUUGCCACGGGCCUUCUUUUGUGGUAGGAGCUGUAAAACAUUUAUUAACAACUAAUUACAUUAUUUAAAAAGUCAAUUCUAAUUUAUAUUGUGUAAAAUCGUAAAGACUUUGUGAGAUUGUUUACAAAAUGAGACUUGUAAAAAAAAAAGAAGCACAUAUAAUAACCAUUUUCUGUCUAUGGGCUGAAAAUAUGUGCCUAUUUUGAAGGCCCGUAAAUUGAAAUCAAAAACAUUAUAACAUUAUUAAAAGUACAUAACGUGAGAAAUAUACGUAAUAAAUUAAAAUAUCGGUUAAAUAUUCACAUGUGAUAUUUCGUGUUGCAAUGGCAAAAAAAUGUAGUUAGUUGAAAAUCCGUUUCCGACAAUCGACACCAGCGUCGAUGAGAACACGUAUUUUUAUUUAUUGUUCACAAAAUUCGUUCAAAAAUUCCUAAAACUUGCAUUUACUUCUGCAAGACCAUUCCUAUAUAUAUUAAACCUUUUUUUAUAUUAAUGAAAGCCUCUCCUGGCUCUUCUGAACUUCCUCCGUCCGUCGUGUUUUUCCUAUCAUUCCAAUUAAUAUGAAAAUUUAUUGACUUUUAUGAAAUUUAUAGGGAGCUAAGCGCAAGUUAUACAAGUUAUACGAGACAAAUGGACAUGCUUAUUUUUUAUUAGUAACAUAUUCGCGUUAAAAGCCACGAAUAUACUACAUUUGACGCUCAACAUAUCGUCAUGUUGCGCGUCAAAUGUUCCUUAGUGUAUGCAUGUGAAUACACGCGAAAUGUGUAUUGAAUUUACAUUUUUGUGCAAUACUUCAAUAAAUAAAUAGGUGAGUAUAUUAUAUUUUUAAUGGAUUGCGAUAACUUACACUCAGUUCCUGAAUCAUUUCCAUUCUAAUAUUCCUAUUGUAAAAAUAAUAUUCGAUCUUAGAAAAAUAUGUGCGCAUAUCCCGAACAAAAUACGGUUUCGUAUCUGUAAUUUUAAAAUACCUCAUAUUAGUCCUAAUUGCAAUGCAAUUGAGUUGUGACGUACUGUAUAACAAUACACAUAUACAUAUUGUACCUAAAAAAAAAUGACAGUCGAUCUUCGACGAAAACGCAAUACGAAAAUAAAUAUUUAAGAAUCGACGUGCUCCAAUUUCUGGGGCCUGUUUUGCUGUCAAGCUAAUGUCAGUUUGACAUUUCAAACGUCAAAAUGACAUUAACUAAAUAGCGAGUGUAAAAUAAGAUUGUAUAUAAUAAACUUGUAUCUUUUACUGCACAUAUCUGUAUAUGAUGUUAUAGAGUUUAUUUAUUCCAAAAAUAUUACAAUUCUAGACGAUAAUUCCAUUCUAGCAAGGGUUAAUUAUUAAGCAACUUUGUAAAUAGUUAGUUUAAGGUUACUUUUUUCUGUGACGGGAAAAAAUUGCGAUUUCUGAUUUAUUAUAAAUACAAAAACAAAUAAGUUCUACAGUAAACGAUAUAUCGUAAUCGCAACCAAAGUAAAAACCGUUUUUCCCAUUGAUAGAUACGUUUGAAGUUGGUUAUACCAAGUUGUUAUACAAUAUUUGGGAACAAAAUAGUGUACGAAACAUAGAUGAUUUGGAUCAGAUCAGAUGAUUAUCCUUUUUUUCAACGAUCAGUGUCUUAAAAACUUGAGAUUCAGAACUAAGAUUGCACUAAUGUAAAUAGGGUGAUUGCCUGAAGAAAAAACAAAAAACGUAAUGAAACUUGAUAAUUAAAUGUCGCUUCAAAUGGCUAUUUGACUGGGUGAUAAUAAAAUGCAUAAAGGUAUUUUAAUAAUCAAAGACGUUAAUCUAAUGUCACUAUAAUUUGUUAACUUUAUUCGUUACGCGAUUUAGGUAAUAUUUUCUUUUUCUGAUUAAAGUGUAUUAAGAAUAUUGACUCCAAAAAUUCAAAUUCAAAAUUCUUUAUUCAAUUUAGGAUGAUAUACAUCACUUAUUGACGUCAAAAAAUUACUUAAACUAAGUCUACUGCCGACUUCCAAAGCGCAAGUGAAGAAGAAGCGGCGCAACAAACUUCACCGCAGCCUUUUCUCCAAGGACGUCAAUUAACAAAUAUAGGUCUUAUAUAUAUAUUAAAAAUUAGGAGGACGAAUUUACAUCAUUAUUAAAAAUGUCAAAAAUUUGAAUAAAUAAAUAAAUAAAAUAAAAUAUGUAUUUCCAGUAAAAUUAUUGAAAAUUGUCACACAAAAUAAAUAUCGGCGCAUAUAUACCGUGAUGUCACAAAUAACAAAAUAAAUUGUGACAUCACGGUAUAUAUGCGCCGAAAAUUGGCAAAGUAAGGACUAAGUUAUAAACACUACAGUAAUUAGUCGAGUAUCAUUGUAACACUUGGUUGGCGAAUAAAUAAUAUGAAUAUCACUGUCAUACCGUGUACAUUAUAAAUAUGAUAAUAUAUAUUUAGAUUUACAUUUAAAAAGUACCUGAGUGACAAUUUGUAAAAUAAUAAUUCGUCAAUUUUGUUUAUUUGUAUGAUACUAUUUUCAGUUCUCAUUCAAGUGUCCAUAUUAAUUCGGAGCGCUUUUUCCCUUCUGUUCCAUUUGCUUUAACAAGCCCCAUAUAAAUUACUGGUUUAAACAUUUGUAUAAGAACAUGUGACUCGGUUUGUUGGCGACCACCCUAUUUAAUUAUAUUUAGUGGAAUUUUCCCAUUGACAUGCCUAUUUUAGUUCCUAAUUAUUGCACACGACUAUGAUCGUUCGUUUGUGAGAUCUGACGUGUAGUGAUGUGCGAAUGAAAUGCAAGGUGAUUGUUAAAUAAAUAGAUAUAAAAUUGGCUUUUUGACUGUGAAAUAAAUAAAAUGCAUAAUGUUGUUUAAAUAACCAAACGCAAUAAUUGAAUUUCACUUUAAUUAAUGUAAAUUAAAUGAUCUUCGUUCAAGUAUAAUUCAUCUAAAACAGUGACGAAAUUUCGACAACUUUUCAUAUAGGUACGUGUCUUUGACAUUUUGAAAAAGUUCUUCUUUGAUUGUUGCAAAAUACAAAGCCUUGCUUCAAGCCAAAUGGGGAAAUAAAAAACAAUCUUAAGUCACGAAUAAAAAUGGCAUGUUACAUGCCAGCGAGAAAAUCUCCAUUUUUGAAAAUGUAUUAGGUAUGUAUCUAAUAAAUGUAUUACCUAGGUAUCUAUAUAAUUUUAUCUUGUAAUACUUUUAUUCUUUUAGUAUAUAUCGUUGUUUCUAAUAUAUACAUUACGCAUUGUGGACCAAUAAUACCAAUAUUGGUUAAUUUAGACCUUUUCUUUUGGAAGUAGUUAACAUAAAUCAGUUACUAAAAUAGGUUAAAGUUGGAUGGUCUUUUCCCGAAAUUCAUUCAAAUUCUGAUUAGAAAAUUUUCACAAAUAUAAUGUCCGUUUAGAAAAUGGCACAUCGCUAUUAGUCAUUAAUACGAGAGAUAAUCACCUUGGAUCUCAUUUAUUUUUCCUCUUCGCCGUACUGUUUGAACUUUGUCCAGUUCUACCGUGCGACAAUGACAUACGUCAAAUUUGACAUUUCAUUCUCAGCCAAUCAGCAAAAAUAAUAUUUGGCGCGGAUUUCCGAUUUAAUGAUGAGCUAUCAAAAAUAAUUUUGCACUUUAUUUUAUAAUUUACCUAUAAAUUAUACCGAAUCAGAAUAUAAGAGUUUGUUAAAAAAAUUGUAUCUCGCUCGCACAUCACUCACGGGCAUAGACGAAGUAGCAUAGACAUUUGCCAUAAGGUACGUAGAGCCAGAUUAUCAAAUUUUAAAACUCUGUAAAUAUUAUUUUAAUAAAUGAUUCCGAAUCGGUAAUGUUA